AUGUCUGCUUUUGGUAUUGAUCUUGGUACAACAUACUCAUGUGUCAGUCAAUUCCUUCACAAUCGUGUUGAUAUUCUUGCCAAUGAUAUGGGUAACAGAACAACUCCAUCAUACGUUGCUUUCAUGGAUGACGAAAGACUUGCCGCAUAUUAA